GAGCUUCACCGGACUCUCAGUGGAGGAGCUCAGAAAAGUCCUCCGGUUUUAUCUGACCAUAAACCUGGAUAUAUAUAUAUAUAUAUUUAAAUUAAUAUAUUGUAAUAAAUAUAUUAAACAUGUCUCCAUCAGUGACCACUCGCUACUUGUCCGAGGAAGAAGUGGCGAGACACUGCACUAAGGAGUCCUGCUGGGUGCUGGUGGGGACGCGGGUGUACGAUGUGUCCGGCUUCCUGAGAAUGCACCCGGGCGGAGAGGCGCUGAUUUUACGCCGCUCAGGGAGCGACAUCAGCGCCCAGCUGGACGGACCUCCGCACCGGCACUCGAAGAACGCGCGGCGGUGGCUGGAGCAGUACUACAUCGGUGAAAUAGACAGGGACAGUGCUGAAGUUCACACACAGACUCUUAGACAGAGAGGGAAAAACUCAGAAGCUCAAGAUGGUACAGAAGAAGAUUCAGCCAUCAACAAAUGCAGCAAAGUCGACGAUGAAACAGAUCUAGUGGACUGGAGGAAGCCGCUUGCCUGGCAGGUGGGAUAUUUGGGAGAGAAGUACGAUGCCUGGGUCCAUCAGCCUGUCGAUCGACCCAUUCGUCUCUUUGAGUCUGACUUCUUUGAAGCUAACACCAAGACCCCAUGGUACAUGGUGCCCGCUGUAUGGAUGCCUCUGGUUAUUUACCUGAGCUGGUAUGGCUACAAUUUGUUGGCACAAGAAAGCACUAGACUGUUUAUUACAUCAGAAUACGCCGUUUUGAUCAACAAGUACUGGUUCCCAUUUCUCUUCUUGCUCGGGAUGUUUCUGUGGUCCUUUGUCGAGUACUGCAUCCAUCGCUUCCUGUUCCACAUGCGUCCACCAGCCCACAACUAUUACCUCAUUACACUUCACUUCCUCCUCCAUGGUCAGCACCAUAAGUCACCAUACGACGGCUCUCGUCUGGUCUUCCCUCCUGGCAUAGCGUCAGUGGUUAUAGGAGCAUUUUACCUGCUUCUAAACAAGCUACUGCCUGAAGGUUUAAGCACCUCUUUGUUCGUCGGUGGUCUAUGUGGUUAUGUGGUAUAUGACAUGAUCCACUACUACUUACACUAUGGUUCUCCACGCAAGGGCUCUUACUUGUACAGCCUGAAGGCCUACCACGUCAAACACCACUUUGAGCACCAAAGAGCAGGUUUCGGGAUCACCACCACGUUCUGGGAUUAUCCCUUUAACACAGUCAUUCCUAAGCAGACAUUUUAAACUCACCCUCUGUUGCCCUACGCGAGGCUGCCCGUCCUCUUGAACCCCCACCUGUUGCUUUUCUCAGAGCUCAUGCUCUGCUGCUUUGCCUAGAAAAAAAAUGAUCCAAGCUGCUCAUCAUCAUUAUCAUCAUGUUCAUCAUCAUCUUCGCCAUCAUCAUCCUCAUCCUCCUCAUCCUCCUCAUCCUCAUUUGUCUGCCAGUUUAAAAAGGGGGCACAUUUUGGGAUAUAUGCAUGUACAGUCAUAUAAUAUGAAAAAAGAAUCUAAUUUUAAUCGUUUUUGGAUUAAAAGUUUUUUAUAGAGGCACUGAAAUGUUCAAGGCCACGUUUUAACUCACAUAUUGUGUAGCUAUAGGUAGAAAGUUUAAGUCAAGUGUGUGAAGGUGUGUGAACGUGAGGAGAGAGUGAACGAGCAAGAGAGUGAAUGAAUGGUUUUUAGCUGUAGCGUGGAUCUGAAAGGAAGAGACGGUAAGGCAAUAAGUCCCUCGACGGCCGUCCAAGUGACUGCCAGAGAAGAAAUACUCAGGAACGUGCUCUAAAUCCCACCAUGCUUACGCAAGGCUUGUCAGUGUUGCUGCUGUUAUAUAGGAAUUUUCCCCUCACCUCAUUUCUGUUUGCAUUUCUCCUUCUUAUUUCCUCCUUGUUAUUUCCGAUCUUGCUUUUUGCAUCUGUAAAUUAUAGGUUUUUCAAAAAAGGUUUUUCACAUACUGUCCUGUUGUUGAUUUCUAUCUCUGAGCAUUCUUUUUGUAGAAGCCGGCCUGCUAGCGGACAGUGUCACUUUAUUGUGUACCAUCAUUGUGUUCGUUUUGUUGUGGGGUUUUUUUUUUUAAGAAAAAAGAUAUGCCAAUUGACCUCCCAACAGAACAUCCUAUCCAGGGAGGAGCCAUAGCUAUUGUUUUCUUUGUGUAACCCAUUAUUAGAAAAAAAACAUUCAGAGACUUUAAGCUGUGAUGCUUCCAUAGCGAUGCAAGAACAACUAUGGCCCUUGCAAUACAAUGGCCCUCAGCCUUCCUGUCCAGGAAAAGCUGGUGUGUUGUCAUGGUUGUCGAACCAUCUUGAACCAUCAAGGGGCAUGAAGCUAUGUGUUUGGGGGUCUCCUUCAUCAUGGGAGUUGCCUGUCAGGGAGUUUAGAUGAGGCAGACGUGGCCAAGGCAAUCCCUUUUCUGGGUUGACGAUUAUUGCUAUCUGACCAGGCUGUGAACUAGGAGGCCCCGCCCACAUUUUCAGGCUGAUCUCUCAUUGGUUCACGCUUGUAUCAAUCUCCACCCUGUCCACUCGUGUCGCUCUUACUCUGUCUCAUGUUCUGUCCAAAUUAGAAAUCUUGUUCUGUCUUUGCAUUUUUUUUUUUUUGCAUGUAUUAGCCCUUUUAUUGUUUUAUUGUUUUUCUACUAGUAUGAAGUCACUACAUGCCUGUCUGGAUUCCAGGUACUCUCUAUUCAGGUCAUAAAGAGACUGUGGCCUCACUUGUGCCUUUAAGCUACUGCACAGUGCUGGUAACACGAUGAAAUAUUUUGUAAGGUUACCGUCUUCCCAGUCUGUCCUUGUUGACAUGAUGGCCAAAAAAACCUACAGAGAAAAUGUCGAAUCUGUGUAUUAAAAUGUCCCCAGUGUGAGAUAAAGGGCAUUCCUUCCUUACCUCUCUAUUUCCUUUCUACAUUCAAAUGUAAUAAAUCAGUGGGAUGUCAAGAGGUGGGCAGAGCUUUGGGAUGUUUGAUUGGGCUGUACAGCUCAAAUUGUGGUAACUGUUUCUGGAAGCAUGAAUGUUAAUUAUUAAGCACUCAAACCUUGGCAUCUUCCCACCUCCGAUGAAAUAGGUCACACUGUAUGCAUCCCACAACGGAGGGUGUCACCGGUUUGAUUAAAGUAAUAACAGUAAAUCUAUUUACAUGUGUUUACCUGUAAACAAAGUUUGAGAGUUUAAUUCAGAGAAACAAAUCUUUAAAUGAUAAGCUAAAAAAAAGCUAAAAAAAAAUGGAUGUAUCUAAUACAAAGGAAAAUCUGUUUACUACUCUAUAUUUUUAUGUUGCAAAUUUCUAUGCAAAUGUACUUGUAAAUAAAUGUGUGUAUAUUUCUGAUGAAGAUGA